AUGUUUACCAAAGCUUGCAUUCUUAAAAAGAUAAGAUCUGAUGAGGCAGGAGCUACUGGUCAUUGCCCUCGAGGUAUAUCGAAGUACACACAAAUAAGGGAACAUGUCGAUGGUGUUUACCCACUGAACACCUCUCCAACACCAGUUGAAAAGGAGAGCGUCGCCUUGAUGCCCCUAGUUGAGGGGCCAGGUUCUAUUUCAGAUACUGCUUCCCCACUUCCAACGUGUAGACAGGGCCAAAGGUCUGUUUCUGUUGGAACUAUAACAAGGUUUGAUUCGCCAAACAAUGAUUUCAUUCAGUCUGGGAUCACAAAAAACACUUGUGAUUAUGUCAAGCAGAACGACGAGCUUACAUCAGUGAUGCCGCGACCGAGAGUGCAUAACCUAAUGAUGCGGAUGAUGCAUGAGUCAGAGCCAUGCGACACUGAUGGUGGCAAAUCACAGUCGCAGCGACAACAGCAGACUUCCACACUGUCCAGGAUCCAUUCAGACACCGAUCCAUUCGAUAAUUACUCAUGCAUGGGAAAAUUUCCUCCAAAAUAUGUGAGGCGACAACUCUGGACUGUGCAGACAGGUGGCACCUCCUCCUCAGCCUCGUCCUCCAGCAGCGUGGGCAAUCCAUGCAUCCCCUACAACAAAGGCAGUAGCAACGCCGCUAGUGGCGUGCGAGGCACUCGUAAUCCAGUCUCUGGGCAUGGAAACGUCGCCAGCUCCAAUACCGCAGGCAAUCCCCAGACUCUCGCAGUAAGGAUAGAGGUGGGACAGGCACGAUCGAUGAUCCUCAUGGUGCUAGAAGAGCUGGUAAAUACAGAGAGUUCUUACCUCCACAUUCUCUCCCAAUUCCUCGUCCUUCGAGAUGAAAUCUUCGCACCAAAUUGGCGAAUUGAUAGGCAGAAGUUCAUACGACUCUUUCCUGCGGCAGUGGAUGAUCUCUGUAAUCUUCAUCGUGAGUCUUUUGAUGCCAUGAAACUCGCUUUUGAACGCACGACCAAAGGGGUUCGUCACUCUGAGGACACCUGGAGUGAGGAUCUUCUCCUCUCUCCCUACUUUCAGCCCCAUCAAUAUCCACGUUGCAAACAAGGCAUUUUCAGUGGAGGCGAUAAUGAGGUCACUGAUGAUAUUGGCUGUUUCUACACAACUCCAUUUAGCGUUCUCCUGGAAAUGAUUGAAGGGAAGCGGCCUCUCUCCUGCUACUCACACUCUCGCUCCGCCUCCUCCACAGCUACUGCUGCCGCCACCCUCUACUAUCGCAGCGCACCGCUCUGGUCGACUGCGCCCUUCUUCAAACUCUACGCGCGGUACCUUUCUGAGUUCUCCGGUGCCAUACAAAUGCUUAACAAGAUGCGUGCCGGUCCUACCAGUCUACGUAAACACCUCAAGCAGUUACAAUCCCAUCCUGCCUGCGAGUUUAAUGACAUCACAACUUACCUCUUGGCUCCCGUUCAACGUCUCCCUCGAUACCUUCUGUUGGUCAGGAAGAUGAUCCAAUACACGGAGAAGAUUGAGCGGCUACAGAAUAUUCCUCCCAUCAUACGUCCACGUCCACGCGUAGGCCUUCGGCGCUCUGCGACUCCAGCACAAGCAAUAGCAUCAACACCGGGGUUCCCAAGGCUAGAAUCGCUGAAGAGGGCGGAGGAGGCACUGCAUGGGAUGUUGUUAGAAUUGGAUGAGAUGAUCGGUGGUGAUGUGAUUGACCUCAAAGUGGAGACACGUGACACAACCUCUGGUGGUGGAGAGGAGGAGUAUGAUUUUGGGACUGGUGGUGGUAGUGGUGGAAGUAGUGGGUUCAACAAGGCCAAUUCUGUGUACUCCAAUAACUGCUCAGAUAGUGUUGACGUCAACAGCACCACCACAGCCUUCGAUCUCGUCUCUACUGGAGAUGGAGCGGAUAUCAAACAUCGGCGAGCACAGUCGGUAGUGAAUCCAAGCAGAAGAAAAAUGAGAUCCAGUAGUGCUGGCUUCGGUGGUUGCGGCGGUGGUGGCGGAGGAGGAGGCUUCUGGAGUCGUUUGAGGCGGCUACGACUGACCUUCACCUCUAUUCAACAAAAGAAAACCGCAGCCAAGGCGAAUGCUAAUAGAGCUGAAGUGUGCGGCUCCGAAAACAUUGUUCCUCCUAAAUUUACAUCAGAUUCUGGUGCAGAGAUUCUCCGAAAGCAUUUCCGUAAAGUAAAUCGGAAAGAUCCUCCUACACGGAGGACUCCACAAGCUCCAAGGACUAAGGAGGCUAUUAUGCCGAUGCCAUCCACCUUUUUGCAUGGCGGGGGCCGGUCUAGCACCCAAUCCGCGAAGUCCGGGAUGCCUGGCGGCAGACAUACAAAUAAAUCUGAUUAUCGCAGAUCAGCAGGCAACACUCCCAUUGGUACCAUAAUGAGCACAGUGAAGCUCAGUAUCGCUAAAUCAGAUAGCGACAGCGGAGUUCACACCCAAACAGAAGAGGAGCAACGACGUCGCCGACAUCAGUCCUCCCGUCAAGUACCACUUUGUCGUGAGCAGCCUGUCUUUAGCACCGGGCGAUCACGGUGGGUCGGACGUCCUGGUCACACACCUUUUGCUACCACGAUUUCAACCCAACAAUCUCACCACAUGCGACAACAGGGAGUGCUGGGACAUCAGAGUUCCACAAAAGUUCGGCGAAGCAGCGACAAUGGUUAUAGAAGAGAAGUAGAGGAUAAGGAUGGGAAUGCCAGCCGCUCUGUCUCUCCCACGAUCUCAUCUACUUCCUCAAUUACUUCCUCUGCUUCCUCCACAACUGCUGCUGAGUCGGCCUCUGCCCUCGCUCCCACUGCGUCCACCAGCUACUCCUUAUCCAAUGUGGACUCCCAUCUUCAGCCAACACGACCGGUAGUGGGAGUGAUCUCGGAGGCAAUGAAAAAAAUUGGAGCAUUUACUCCCCCCCCCUCACCACCGAGUGUCACGUUGGAGGCAAUGGUGCAGGAGGAAAAUCGGACCAAAGUGGAAGUCCAGAUGAGCCAAGAGAACUCAGAGAGCUCAGAUGGUGUAGAAGUGGAGGACGAUGAUGAGACGGCAGUUGCGGACUUGGACGAGACUCCUAACGCAUUGGAUGAUGCCAGAGCAGUAGAGGUGGAUCUGUGCGGUCACAACACACAGCAUUCCAAGUCCGAUCACGAAGACAUUGCUUUCGACGCAUGCACCUCUUUUGGCUCCACCAUCGCCAAUGUCGCCAUCGUUUCCGCCCCUGCAAAUAGCCCUUUGGAUAGCCUUAUCGACCUUGAUGCCGACCACAUAGUCGAAGGUUCAACAUUAUGCGCCCCUGAAGUGGUACCUCUCGUGGGACGCCUGUGCUUGGAGGAUUUCAAGGAGUAG